AGAAAUAGAGUUCUGGAAAGAACCUUCGGACGGGGCGGAUGAAGCGACCAUCAGAUCGAGCAACGUACCGGACAAAGAAAGUGGCCUAUCAAAUGGCUUCGUAACUGCUCCUUUGCUGUGCUGGAAGAAGAGCCCAGAGCAGAAGGGAAGAGAAGGGAGGAGAAGAGAAGAGCAGAGCACAUCCUCUCCCUCUGUCUUCCAUCCGUACUCCCUUCCUUCCUUCCUUCCUUCCUUCAGGGACUACUUUCGUCUGUGCAUCCUCUGCCUUCUCUUCUCUCCUCUCCUCUCCUCUUCUCACGCACUCCCCUCCCGACCACGUCCGUCUCUCUCUCUCUCUCUCUCUGUGUCUCCGACUGUCCGUCUGUCCGUCCGUCCAUUCACGAAAUCGCGUCGUUCGUGCGCGUCUCCGUGCUCGCACAUCGCCUCCCGAUGCGUGCGAGUUACGCUACCGCACUGGCUUGCGCCGGUGACGAGCUUGGAUCACACAAUUUGCAGAUCGCUGCGACAAAUCGAAUUUGCAAACUCUUGUGACAUUUGGUUCACGGACGUCGUUGCUCGCCCUGUGAAUUACACGCUCGCACGCCCGACUGCCCUGCUCCAUCGGUCCCCGGUCGCUCUUGCGAAAUUGGCGACUGCCUAAGCCGCAGCAUUCUGUCGGUGCGGUGGAUUGUUCGUCUAUGGUCGUGCUUUUUUCCAGAUUUUCGUCUUGCUCUGCCGCUGCGUCACAAGCUCUUUGAAGCUCGAUAUAGCAGUGGCUUCUAUUCGUUCUCUGUGCCACGUCUUGCCGAGGCUGUUGUUCGAUCCGCCCUCAUUCCCUCUUUCCGUCCUUCCUGGCUGUCUGUGCUCUUGUUGUCAGGCCCGGAGACUGGGGUUUAUACUCUCCUCUGCUGCCUUUGGAAAUUGUUUCUCUGUAAUUGCACAGCGCGCAGUAAGCUCCACCGAUCGAUUCCGGUCACUGAACUCUAUGGUGUGUCUUGCGACCAACGAUGGCCAUCUUAAUGUUGAGUGGACUUGGGCAGUUCUCUUGGUGUUCUCUGCUUCCUAAUUGUACACCUGUUGGAAGGGAAGUGAUGUAAGAAGUGGUUGGUGAGGAUUGGGCUCCUCUGUAUUGCUCUGCUGGCGUGGGAAUGAGUUGCCACUCAUGUUCCGUCGGGAGGACUAUAUUUGUUGAUCGAGGGACUUCUGGAUCAGCCUUAUCCAUCUGAACGGUAUAUGUAUUUAAUCACAUGAGUGCAAAGUUCAUACUGGGAGGCAGACGCUGGUUCCACGAGGUGUUGAGCCGAUAUCAGACUUUCCGUUGCCGACGCUGGGAGUGCGAUCGGUCAGCUCAAGUUGCUCUCCAACACGUUGACGAUUCUGUUGCAUUCUAUCGGCGUGCGUCUUGAUGUGGCACUUAUGGACUCUCUGCCGAAACCUACUCAUAUGUGAAGCUGGACAUUGGCAGAGGAUAUGUGCCAAGUUGAAGGCCAUUAUUUAGCUUCCACAAACUUGACAUUGCCCUGCACGAGGCAUCCUUACGACAUCAGCCGGUAGGGAACAGCUCGUGAAGAGGAAUUGAUCGCACCAUUCAGAGUUCAUACUAAACUUGCUUGUUGAGCAGGCCACAGGGACAUGGCCUUGUAGUACGGCUCCCUCAUUUCCCGAGCGUGUCUUCUGCCUGACACCAGAAGAGGCGAGAAGCAAGCGAAAGAUGGGUGAUUUGCCUGUCGCGUCUAUCCUUUGAGGGGAUUGCAACCGUUGAAUGAAACGAGAACUUUCUUCCGAGAGUAAGAAAGAAGGAAAGCAGAUUUCUCCCGAAUCGCGAAACAUUUCUUCGCGUGGUAACAUCGACCAACCUUCCUGCACGACACGAUGCUUCGCACCUAAGACUGCCAGAGUAGGUGCUGGUGCUAAAUGCCACAACAACGCAUCAGUAACCUGUGAACCAACGAAUCUGUUGGCACAUGAAUGGGAUGACGCGCCUUUGUAGUCCCAAUCGUUCUGUCCUUAUGUCCAGAAGGAUGUGAAUUCGAGCACUACCCGAUGCCACACCGUUACAACGAGUAUAGGUGGGAUGGACAUGCGGAGCAAAAAGACCUCUCGUCUCCUCGAAACGUAUUGCUGGCAAGUGCAUCUGUGAAGUGUUACGGUUAAGACGCCAGAUCUCAAUUAGCAGAGCUUGUACUUUGGGAGAAAGGUUACUGGAUAGACUUUCAUCUGACAACCUCUUAGUUCGAAGAACAGCGGAGUGGCUGGUCUCAGAUAAAAAAUGAAAACGAUUCAAAACGGAGAUGAAGUUCUACGGAAGGGCCCAUGGAUGCCCGAAGAAGACGAAAUCCUGGUGGAGUAUGUGCGACAAUUUGGUGCACGAGACUGGAGUUCCAUUCGUUCCAAAGGCUUGUUGCCUCGUACGGGAAAAUCUUGCCGUCUGCGAUGGGUCAACAAACUCAAGCCGGAUCUCAAGAGAAGUGGGUGUAAAUUUUCCCCCGAGGAAGAGAAAUUGGUAGUGGAGAUGCAGGCGAAGCUUGGUAACAAGUGGGCAAAAAUUGCUUCAUGUCUUCCUGGACGUACCGACAACGAUGUGAAAAAUUUCUGGAGCACCCGGCAGAAACGCAUAUUGCGCGCACUGCAGCGUCCUAAAAUGCCUUCAGGCAGCACAGAUGCAGCUGCUGACACAUCCGACCUCCGUAAAGACCCUUCCAUUACAGACUAUGGAGCUUUUCAGGUGCAUAGUCCUUCUGGCACAGGAUUAGUGCCGUCGGGCUUUGUCACACCCUUCAUGUUUGAAGAUGACAAUACCUUCAGGGAGCCCCCAGGUCAUUUGCGCCUGCGACAUUCCGUCCAGCCAUUCAAUUCUCUGGAGGUAGACGAUGUUUUGAGCCUGAAGCUUCAGGACAUGGUGGCCGGUGACUCUCAUUUCACAGAUUCCGAUUUCAGCCAGUGUGGAAGGGUCUUGGAUGAUCCGAGACACGGCUCUGUCAUGUAUCAGCAUUCUCCCAGGAUGAUGAUCACGCCUAGAAAUGCUCGAUCCGUCAAGCGUAGACCGAGGUCCAGGAGAGACGCAAGAUCUUGUUUUGAGCAUCAUUCUGGAACUGAUGGAGGACAAGACUCUGUCCAAAUGCUGCCAGAGAUUGGGCUCCCUUUGAUUCAAGGCAACUCGAGGGACUUCGGGGUUCCUCUGUCGACGGAGCAACAAAACAACAACUACCUUGACUUUCUGCUACAGACAGAAGCAUCCUCGAUGCACAGCAGUCAGAUGUUCAGCCCUGAACUUCCCAGCUUCCUGACCAACAGCCAACAAUGGGAGAAACUUCCCAUGCUUUACUCCAACGACCCCAGCAUUCAAGAACCUGAUGUCAAGGACUCUGACUCUUGUAGCCCGGAUAGCGUCAUCUCGGGCUUUGCAGCAGAUGUGUUUGACUCCCUCGAGCCCCUCUGUCCGGCAGCUCCUGAGUGGUGGGUUGCCCGACUGAGUUAAUAGGACGAGGAUACUAGCGAAAAGGAGGAGGUUGACAGAAUUCCUUUCGAUGAUGCGUUGGAAUUUCUACAGUCCUUAAGGUCAGUAUCUGUCACAUAAAAAAGCCGCAAAGUUGUGGUGGUAAAGGUUGAUUCUUAGAUUCUUCCACCUGUAUGCAAGACUUUUUGUUUUCUUCCGUCUGCAUUAUUCGGUCGGAGACACGGGAUCAGCUUCUUAGAGAAGAAGUGAGAAGAAUUAUGGAAGAAGACCGGGAAGGGUGAUCUUGCCAACGUGUACCAUUAAAAAGUAGAGAUGAAAUAAUCCAGGUCAUUGAGAACCUUUUUAUAUCACAGUAGAAGCUUUGUUCCUACAGCACUUGCAACAAGAUAAGACACAAGGAUAAGAGCUUCGUCAGACUGUUAAGGGACCAGCUAUUACUUGUGAUGUAAUUACUAUAUUAGUGUAUUCAAAGUUUUGCGCCCGAGAAACUAAAAACUAUCCAAACGAUUGCGAAUCGCUUCAUGGCAUGUAUGCAAAUCGAUAAUCCUCCACUGUCUGGUUUAUUUUCGUAUCAACGAGUCCCUAGUGUCGCCAUAUUGUCGUCAGGCGUUAUAAGCAUAUUUACUUAAG